AUGAACCGCUUCUGGAACAUCACAUGCUUGGGGGCUUUCACCUCUCCCCCUCAGUGGGUCCCCAUUCUGGGCGAGCUUCAGAAGACCCUCCAGAAGGGCGAGUACCUGCCCCUCCGCCCAUUGCCCAUGCUGGAGAGUAACUUCAUCCAGGUGACCCACAGAGGGGGCCCUGUGUUCCUGCAUCACAGCAUGAACCGCCUGACCAUGGGCGUGGCGGCCACCCUGCCCAGCCUGGUGCUGCCUGACAUCCUGCUGAUUGCAGUGCCCCCAGAACACAAGGACCCUUCCAGCCUGGUCCUCACCAGGAUGAUCCCGCUGGACCUGGUCCACCUGUGUGUCCACGACCUGGCCGCCAGGCGUUUAAAGCUGCGCCUGGCCACCGGCCGCUGCUACUACCUGGAGCUGGACGCCCCCGACUACGAGGUGGGCUUCCUGUUCGAGCGCUGGAGCCGCCUGGUCAGCCUGCUGCAGGAGCCGGCCACCUGCUGCCGGCCCAGGUCCCCACACACGCUGCUGCCCAUGGACCUUUCCCCCUCCGCCGCCAUCACCCUCGCGUCCACCUGGCGCCUCCAGAACCCUCCGCAGACCAAGCGUUCAGUCUCCCUGGCCAACAUGAUCUUCCCUUACAAGCUGCUGUUCUCCCAGAGACGGCGCAAGGAUAAAACUGUAAAGCGUACAUUCAAGUCUCAGAUCGUGGGGGACUCGAUAUCUCAAGUCUUGUCGCGGAUCGAAGACUCCUCUAAUAAGCAGAUGCCCACAGAAGAGAGGGUGGAGACCCCCAGCCAGUGCAUCUCGGACGACAGCCCCAGGUCCUUCUCCACCAUGUCCUCUGGGCAGCGGGAGCAUUGGGACAUCGACCAUCUCAUGGACAGCAUGUCCACCACCUUCUCCUCGUCCUCCUUCUCCCCCCAUGCUCGCUCCACUGCCUUGUUUCACAGCACACCCUACCCCUCCUCCUCCAGGCAGAAGGUCAAGGCCAGGCCCCAGGCCCUACAGAAGGCCUCGUCCAUCCCCAAGACUUCCUGGAAGAGUCUGUUAGCCUUUGGCCCAUCCCAGAAGGCCCCAGCUGCUCCUGCUCUUUCCAGAAAGGCCACUGGUGUCUCUGCCACAUCGCAGCAGGCCCCAGGUGUGGCUGUCCCCUCGAAGAAGAUCCUACACACACCUGCCCCAUCCAAGAAGGUCCUAGACACACCUGCCCCAUCCAAGAAGGUCCUAGACGCACCUGCCCCAUCCAAGAAGGUCCUAGAUGAACCUGCCCCAUCCAAGAAGGUCCUGUUUGUAUCUGCCUCAUCCAAGAAGGUCCCCAUUGUGCCUAUGGCUCCCUCAAAGUCCACAACUGUCCUUGUCCCACCCCAGUUCUCACUAACUUCUGUGACCUCCAAGAUGGUGUCCCCUGACACAGUCCCAGCCCAAUCCCAGAAGGUCCCUCCUGUUCUUGUCUCUUCCUGGAAAGCUGCAGUCGCUCCUCCGUCACCCCAGAAGCACCCCUCUGUCCCUUCCACGAAAACCCCACAUGUUCCUGUCAUUCUCUCAGGGGCCGCACCCCCCACUGACCGGAAGAGAACGUCUCGCCCUGUACCGACACCAUCCCAGAAGACCCUGACCUCGCCCACCCCACAACAAAGGGCUUCCCACUCGCCCACCUCACUGACAAAGGUCCCAGCAGUUUCCAGCACGUUGCCAGGGAAAAGUCACAGAGGGGAUGUGGUGGAGAGGCGGCAGCCGGAGGCGGUCAGAGUGGCCGCCCAGGAGAGGAACAUGCUGGAGAGGAGGACGCAGGUCCAGGCCGUGGAACUCCCCAGCGGCAAGACCAAGAAGGUGUCCGAUGAGAUCCUGGUUAGCAAAACCAGGGAGGUGACCUUAGGGAGCCUGAAGGGGGUGGCCAAGGCGGAGGACAAGGUCAGCAGGAAGAAGGAGAAGGUCGCCGUGGACCUGCCAGACUUCAAGUCCAAGGAGCCAGAGCAGCUCAAGAGAUGGGUCAAGACGAAGGAGCUGAAGCUCCAGGGACCCGGGCUGGAGCCCAGGCAGCCGCGGACGGUGGAGGGCCAAGCCCUUGUCACGCUCAUGUUCACGGCCAACUCGCAGGAGCGGCCAUCCGGACCAGCGGUCGUGACGCUGCCCUCCUGGCUUGACAUGAAUCCCCAGGAGGCACCGCCCAGCGUGUCCCCCCGACACAGCCAGGUGUCCUGGCCAGAGAGGCUCCCGGUUAUCGUCCAAGAGCAUCCGGAGUCCCCCAGCUGGAUGAAAGAGGGUGUGCAGCGAUGGACUGGGUGGGACCCAGAGGCCCAGGCCAAUGCAUCCCCCAGAUCAACCAGGGACACUGGCCCAUGGUCCCCCAUCCCUCUGCCAGCCACCAGGUGGGAGGACAUCCCAUACUCUCCCUAUCCCACGUCCCCUGGGAAGGCCGAGAGCCCAACCAGAGCGACCCAGCAGCCCAGGAAACCGUCUCAGGAGCCCAGCCCGAUGCCCAGCCUGCAGCCUCUGGCCAUGACGGAGCUGGUGUCAGACACCAUCGUGCCUGUGGCCUUGAGUAUCGAGAGUGUGGACCAUAGAGACACCCAGGUGGAGGAGAUGAAGGAGGAAACGGCGUCCCGCCAACUCUGA